UAUGAGCUUUUAAAUAGUCUAGCCGGAGUGUCGGGCCAGUAGGUGAUUUGACUAAACUCGUUUCCUCCUUUCAUUCAAAUUCGAAAGCGAGAAGUUGAGCUGGACCAAAGUCAAAACUAACUUUGGCAUUUACAGUUAAACCCGAAGGGGCGUUUAAUCCGAGGCACUGACUUAUAAUGAUGAAGCGUGGGGCAAGAAAAGGCUACAAAUAGCGAUGAUUAGGAGCGGCAGUUGGAAAUUGGCAGUUUUAAAACUGCCAAAUGUAAUUUUAUGCAGAUCUGAUGUUUUAAGGAGAAGCACUCGUGUCUGUUUCACCAGCAGCAGCACUGAUAUAGAGUGUGGAAAGGGUGUGAUGAUCUGAAGAUUAGGGAGCAGCAUCAUCCCUCUGUCCAGUCUGUUAAUCCACAACUGAUGCGUCUCGUCCCUGGUUACCGCUGAAGGCUCAGGCUUCAUCUCGUUGCAGCUUUGUUGUUCCUGUGUUGUCAGCUUGUCAGCGCGUCAGCACAUGAGACAUGAAUCCCUACGGAAAUGAAUAUCUUGACUCUCAUUUGAGUGGCGCCGCAGCAUCUCGCUCUCAAAGUUCACCCCAAGAAUUGGCUUUAGCUCCGUCGUACGAUCAGUCUUCUCCAGUCAUCCGCCCAGAUAAUAGUUCUGCUACAGUUUCAGGCCACAACUUUCCUCCACACGAGGCCUCAUCAGACCAAGAAGGUCCCCAAACCCUGGUCCGAUCGCCAAGUUCUACAGUCCAGCUUCCAGCCUCAAAUCCAGACUUCGGUGUUGGAGCCAGGUCUCAGUCUGAUCUGGCAUCAGUCUCUACUCCAGAACCUGGUUUCACAGCAAAUCCCUACUCUGCGUUUGGCAACCCGUCUUCAUAUCAGGUCUCUGUGAUCAUCCCCUCCCCAGACCUCCAUCCCAUUCCCCUCCCAACUCAGUGCUCUGAGGAAAACUGUCCAGACCUGGAGUGCGCCAUCUGCUUCAGUCAAUUCAACAAUGUCUUCCGCUGCCCCAAGAUGCUGCAGUGCAAGCAUACGUUCUGUCUGGAGUGCCUGGCUCGCAUGAACGUCAAGUCGACCGAGCCCAACGCCAUCCAGUGUCCGCUGUGCCGCAGCUUUACACCCUUGCCUUCCCUUGGCCUGCCAAAACUGGCCACAGACUCAAAUGUUUUGUCUUACCUUCCAGCUGCUAUGCAGAGAGUGUACAGCAUCCGUUUCCUCCGCAGCAAAGGGAAGCUGGAGGUCAAAAGGUCAACUGACGGACAGCGGCGGUGGCCUCAGCAGUCGCUGACGUCUCUGAGAUCCAUCCACCGCUCUCUGGACGUGGGCAUUCCCAGUGGGAACGCAGAAGGUCACGGUCAGUCACGCGGCACUGUGAUCAGACUGACGAGUCACCCGGUGUGUCGUGCCUUACUCCUAACAUCUGUGGUGAUGAUGAUGGUGCUUCUGACUGGUGUCAUUAUCUUCCUCCUCACCUACCGCAAAUAACUGAGUGACAUCUUGUCCUGUAAAGUCUUAUAAAAAUUGGUGACAUGUCACUUUAA